AUGGUGUAUUCGAAAAAAUUGUAUAUCCUCCCAUGCACGCUUACCAAGACCGCCUCCUCCCUCUUCCACCCUUGCUUUGCUCCGAUUUCGGAAUGGACCUCCUUCACCGGAGCUCCUCUCCUAAAUUGGAACGUGGCUUCCUUUUUCCCGGAUUCCGAUUUGGCAUUUGAUGACCUUGGUUCUCCUCCCAACGGUGACAUUUCAUCGGUGAAGCUUCUUAGCCUUUUUUGUUUCCUUUUUUUGCUUAUUGGUCGUGCUCCUUCUCCGGUGACAGAAUCGACGGGAUUUGUGGAGUUCUCGAGGAGGACGGAUCUCUCACCUCUCUUCUUCAACUUACCAGAUCAGCCAGCAUUUGGUCGCCGAGCCCUUCUCAUUCAGCGUGAACAUCUUUACGGCGACGCCGAAACUUCCACUAAAACCUACAGAUCUACAGCCUUGCUCUUGACCCAUGGCACAAAGUGCGAGGUAGCCGCCUACCAUAGUUUCAAAUCUCACGUUUCCGGCGACAAUCCUCCUCCGACUGCUCUACGUAGCUCGGACAUCUCCGGCUUUCCAGGAGCAUCUCGAAGAAUAGUUUCUUCUCCUCCAUCGACCUUUGAUGGCGACAAAAUCUCUUCCGCUGUGGUGUCUGUGUUUAACUCUAUGAUAUGCGCCUCCACCACACACGGCAAGCCUCUAUACUACUCUGUUUCAACCUUCCGCAGCAUGGAAUCUCCGUCAAAGUUUGCUCAUCGGAGGUUUCAACCUCCACAACAGCUUUCCGGUGUACCUUCCUCGGAGAGAUCAAUCCCAUCUGCCUCCUCCUUCAUGGAGAGAUCAAUCCCAUCUGCUCCCUGCAAAAGAAGAAGAAGAAGCCCAAUGUGGAAAGAUUCAUUAGCAUCAGCAGAAGAUCACUUCAACAUAAUACGAACUCUUGUCAACGUUCUAUCUUUGGGCGUAUGUUGUGUUGAUCCUUCCCUUGUCAUCAUAGAGAGACAACAGUCCAUAAUUGUCGGGUUAUCAACGGAUUAUGUUGACUUGGAUUCUGGAGUAGUUCCAACUUACCGCCGUAUCCGAAUCUACAUCGCUCCUCUCAUGUUUGGAAAAAGUCAUCAAACGCUCAUCACGAGCUAUUUUCGUUUAUUUGUCUUUGACGACAGAAGAACUUACCCUUUCUAA